AUGACUGCACAGGCAGUCACUCACAUACGACAGACAGAACAUCCAAAACCAGAGCCGAGACCACAACCGAGACCAGAGCCACUUCUCCCUAAUCCAUGGCGUGAAGUUGAAUUCAGUGUUUAUGCUUACAUCAAACUUCAAAAAGAAAUAAUAAACCACCAACCACACCCUAAGGCUUCCACAACAAAUAUUCUUAUUUCAGGCAAUGUGGGUUCCGGAAAGUCAAGCUUUCUCAAUACGGUGUUCUCAGAACUAAGGAGCGAAGAACUCAACGGCAGAGUGCAAAACAUUCAAGUCGUGAGACCAGGUACACAAACAACCGUCACACAACAUCUAAGAUACGACACAUUCAAUGACAAGAUCAAAAUCUUUGAUACAGCAGGAUUUGAAUUGGAGAAAACAGUAAAUGCCACGCUAAUAUUAAAGAAGAUCAUAGAUGGUGAAGUGGCUGAAGGCUCAAAGUUUGAUGAUAUUCUGAAAACAAAAUGCUCAGUAGGAGACAAAAUCCACUGUGUUGUGUUGGUUAUAUCAAUUCAUACCGCUGACAAUAUGGACCCAGCCUUGAUUCGGUUUUAUGAAGAAUUAAUUGGAAUGCUCAAAAUGACUGGAGUACCAUGCCAGCUGCUUGUUACAUGCAUUGAUAAAGAUUUUGAGACGACGGAGGAUUUGAAAGAUCUGUACAGGAGAAGAGAUAUAAAACAAAAGGUUGAAAACAUAGCAAGGAAGAUGAAAAUUUCAAUGAGCAAUGUUAUUUUGGUUUCAAACUACUUCGAGGAGCUGAAAAUUAACCAAAUAAAAGGAACUCUGCUGUUGGAGGCAGUGCGUCAAAUACUGAUGGAUGCAAAACACUUUCAAGAGAGAAUGUAGAGUAUCAGCUGUCACACCUGAAGCACACUGAGCCCAUUCACUAAUUUAAUUGAUUUCCAAUUGGAGAAUGGCCACUUUGUGUAUAAGAGAAGCCAGUUCCUUUGUUUGGAGAGAGCAGGAGGGAGCAGCAGGAGGCUGUGGUCCCAGAUACAAAAGGUAACACCCAAACAGCGCUAUCACAGUGUUACUUUUUGUAUUUAUGAACAUUUUAUUCAACUCUUACUCUACUUGUAUAUUCUUUGUUAAAUAAAUGUACAAUAUGCAAUUUUUUCACAAUUUUUAUACCCAAUUUGGAAUUGGCACUUCUUAUUAUUCAACCCCUACACUGACUUGGGAGCGAUGAAGACAGUCAGCAGGGGCAUAUCCUGUAUCCUAACCAGGUUAUAGAGCACUCCUGCUGUCAGCUUUGCAUAAACAGAGAAAAACUGUCAAAAAGCGACUUUGAAUUAUUCAACAUUUACUCUACUGUUUAAUCUAUCAUUUUAUUUAAAAAUAUAUUAAAAAUACUCUACUUGAGCACUCUUGUUUAAAUCUAAUGUCAAUUAAUGUCAAUUAAUGAUAUUUGAAUUAAUCAGCAAUAACCUUUGCAUUAUAUGUUGGAAGUUCCUUUAACCGUUUCCUUAUUAAUAACAGCUGAAUCUUACAGCUUACAGAUACUCUGCAAUAAUGUAAAAUACUGGGGAAAAUGAAGAAUGUAAAUCACAGGUGAACAUGAGUCUUAGUUUUCAUGCCUUUGUUUCCUAUUUACGCAGCACUUUCACUCAUGUUUACUGUUUUAUUGUAUUGACCGGUCUGUCUUAUAAGGUGGUUCCUUCAAACACCUUUCAAAUGUAUUAACUUCAGGAUGUUCACAUUACUAACCACUGUAUUUGAAAAUCCCAUCUCAUACAUUUCCCAUGUACUGUAAUACAGCUUCCCAUAAUGCAUUGUUUUUAAUAAUAAUAAUCCUUGUUUUAAAUCAGUUUGAUAUUGACAUGUUUGUGUCUCUCUCUACUAUGUUGGUUCCUCAUCUGUAUUAUGCAUUGUAGUUACAGAGUGGAAGAAUAAAGAGCUUGAU